AUGGGGGGACACGGUGGGGAGACAGAAGAGGAGAAUAUUCCCGUGGAUAUUUUGGAGAACCAGGCUAUGGACAUCUCCAAUCAGCUGGCCAGAGUCUGCUACAGCCCUGACUCUGAGAAACUGAAGCCAGAAUACUUGGAGGGACUUCCUGCAAUGAUGCAGCACUUCUCACAGUGCCUGGGGAAGGGGCCAUGGUUUGUUGGAGACAAGAUCACCUUCAUAGAUUUCCUUGCCUAUGAUGUCCUUGACCUCUGCUGUAUAUUUGAGCCCAAGUGCUUGGACACCUUCCCAAACCCAAAGGACUUCAUCUCCCAAUUUGAUUUGAAGGCUUGGAGAUGUCUGCCUACAUGA